UUUGUGGAGGCAUUCGCACGGAAGGAGUAUCCAAAUUAUUCAGAGAUGACAGCUAAGUUGUUUUUCCUGCUGUCCCUGGCACUCUUCGCUGCCGUCCAAGCGGAGUAUAAUUACAACGAGAAGGCAGCCACGGCGAUCAACUCCUUGGAACACUCUGGGUCCAGUUCUGGCGAAGAUUUCCUCAGCGACUACCACACGCCCAGCAACAAUGCCCUGAACUCGGAGGCCACACCCGAAGGUUACGACUAUGCAACGCCCAGCCGGAACCAGUUCGCCGCCGGCAGCCGUACCGCCAGUGUGCAGGCAUCGAAUCUUCUCCAGAACGCAGCCAGUGCCGUCAGUGCCGUCAAUGCCGCCAAUGCGGACAACAAUGCCGCUCCCGUCCUGCUGCCCUCGCCGCUGCCCGUGCUGCGCCAGCAUCAGGAGCCGGAAGUCUUUCCGCCCGCCAGCUACAACUUCAACUAUGCUGUGAAUGACGAGUCCACCGGCGACAUCAAGGAGCACAGCGAGACCCGGGAUGGCUAUGUGGUCCGCGGCUUUUACAGUCUCAUCGAUCCCGAUGGCUACAAGCGCACCGUGACCUACACGGCGGAUGAUGUGCACGGCUUCAAUGCUGUGGUCAAUCGAGUGCCUUACGCCCUCAAAACUGUGGUUGUUCCGGUGGCCCAGGUGGCUCAAGCCACUCCUCUGGUCGCCCUGGAUGAGCGCUCCAAGUCUCAGAACAUCCUUCGUUCGUCGGGUGCCACCUUCCUGGAGUCAAACUCUGGCUCCGGGUCUGGUGUUAGGUCUGGAUCGGGCUCAGACUCCGGCUCCAGUUCGGCUUCGGGCUCAGGAGUAACCAACACGUUCGCAGAGGACAGCUAUGCCAACGCUCCACGAGGAUUGGACUCCUCCGGUGGACCCUACGCCUGA